AUGCAGACUCCGACCACCAACUCUCCAGAUGUCAAGCUAGUGCCGCGCCGAACCCUGGAGGGCCACUCUGGUUGGGUCUGGGAUGUGGCCCUCUCCCCAGAUGGCACCAUGGCAGCGUCGGCCUCGAACGACACCACUGUCAGAGUCUGGGGCACUGCGACGGGCUCCCUCCACCGCGUCUUUAAAGGGCACUCCGGCCCUGUCAGAGCCGUAGCCUUCUCCCCGGACAGCACCCGGGUGGCUUCGGCCUCCGAUGACAUGAUCGUCCGCCUGUGGGAAAUCGGCACAGGCGUCGUCUCCCGUGUCUUCCAAGGCCACUCCGGCUGCGUACGGUCCGCCGCCUUUUCACCCGACGGCCAGCUCAUCGCCUCGGCCUCGGAUGACCGCACCGUCCGCCUGUGGGACGUUCGCACCGGCUCUACGCUGAAGAUCUUCCGCGGCCAUACAGGCUGGGUGCGGAUCGUCAAGUUCUCGCCCGACGGCAAGCUCCUGGUGUCCGCGUCGGACGACUGCACGGCCCGGCUCUGGGACGUGGACAGCGGCGCUUCCUGCGGCCUACUAGAAGGCCACUCCGACUACGUGCGGGCCGUGUCGUUCUCGCCGGACGGGACUCUGGUGGCAUCGGGCUCCAAAGACCGCACGGCGCGGCUAUGGCGAACCGGCACGCUCUGCAAAGUCCUCGAGGGACAUACAAGCUGGGUAAAAGAUGUGGUCUUCUCGCCAGACGGCACGUUACUCGCGACCACAUCAGAUGAUUCAACAAUUCGACUCUGGAACACCAGUACGGGUUCCACGUGCAGCACGCUAGGGUAUUCGGGCUGGGAGCGUGCCAUGGCCUUCUCCCUAGAUGGAAAACUUGUGGUGUCGACGGCUGAUGAUAUGACCGUCCGGAUCUGGGAAACGGAUGAGAAAUUAUGA